AAGGGGCGGCGCUGCCAUGACAGAAGGAAAUAAAAGUGAAAGCCUAUCGCGAUUAGAAGCCGUUAUUAUUACGAAGAAUUCGCAAUGGGCCCACCCUGCACAGGACGCUAAGCUAUAUGGUGGCCAGCAGCCGGGAAGCUAGAUUACCUAGAGUCCUGAGGCAUUGGAGGAAGCGGCCAGCGUGGGCCCUUUCAGCUCUAUUGUUUUCAGAUGAACGCUCAAAUUGCUCGGCGCUGUCUCCUUUGAUAGACUGAAAUGGAGGCCCAGAGAAGACACGAGACUGUCCAAGGUCACAGAGCUGAUAAAUAAAAAUUAAAACAGAGGGUGACAAAGAAUGAUCUAACUUUUCAGAUCAACCCAAACCAAUGCUCUUAUCACCAUACCUUUCAUGGAAGCAAAAGUCCUGCCCCUUGUACUCUUUUUUAAAAUAAUUUUUAAAAAUCUUUAUUAUUGAGAGACAGAGUGUGAGCAGGGGAGGGGCAGAGAGAAAGGGAGACAGAAUCCGAAGCAAGUUCCAGGCUCCAAGCAAGCUGUCACAGAGCCCGAUGUGGGGCUCAAACUCACAAACCGGGAGAUGUGACCUGAGCCGAAAUCCCACACUUAACCAACUGAGCCACUCAGGCGCCCCCAUACUCUUUAUUUCUUAAUACGUUUCCAGGUCCAAGCAACGAGAAUGGAAGUAAAAACAGUUUUGUUUUUCUUAGUAGUUCAGGACCCUAAUACGUUGUAAGAUGUGGCCCAUCGAUCCUAGAAACCCUGUUAUGAGUUCCAGAGAUGGCAAACAAUUUGGCCAAGUCACACGACCUAGACUCCAAAUCUCUCCUACCACUAUCACUUGUCAUUGUUUCAGUAGUUACACUCUACCUUCCCGAACUCGGAGGGGCAGCUUCUGCUGGCUGGGAAACCUAAAAGAAAGACCAUUCAGGCAUCCUACAGACUUCAAAAGCCGGCUUCCAGAGUUAAGAUUUAAAAUAAUAACCCAAGAUGGAAAGCCUGGCAUGGGAACCAGUUCAGCGCUGGUCAAGUUCCCACCCGGACUGUUCCCCAACCCGCCCCUUCUCAGGAAGUGCGGAGGGACUGUUACCACCCACGUGCCGGAAGUUGCCUUUUCCUGAAUAUCUGGCUAUUCUGGCGGCUCAGCUUUAUUUACAUCUCCUGAUUCCAAGGUGGCAACAGCAUACUUCUGAUUCAGCCCCUCCACUUAGCUGUAAAAAUGAAUUAAUCAGAACUGCCUGGCAUCUUCCUGAGCAAGACUUUCAAUUGGACCCAGCAUGCUUCAUUUCAUCCAGAAGUUUUCUCAGGCAUCUUCAAAGAUACUCCUUUCAUGGGAUAAGAUGCUGAAGUACCCUUUCACAUUCCGACUAGGAGCCAGCAGAAUAGAAACACUUUCUCUCAAGACAUGUCUCCAGCAAAACUUUUCCCCUUUGUUGCCAGGGCCUUGGUUUUUCUCAUCAUUUCCAGUGUAUAUGAACAAGACACAAUACUAUCAUACUUCCCCAUGCAGCUUUAAGAAGCAGCAGAAGCAAGAAGUCCUUCCAACCAAGCCACCAGGCGCCAUAACUUUCCUGCUUGAAAGCCCAAAGCCACUAUUAUACAUAAUUCUGGCAGGAGUAAUCCCCUUUGUUGCUCCACCACUGGUCAUGGUGAUGGCAAAGACUUAUAUCCCCUUAUUAGCUUUUACUCAGAUGGCUUAUGGAGCCAGUUUCCUAUCUUUCUUGGGAGGGAUCAAAUGGGGUUUUGCUCUGCCAGAAGAUAAUACAGCCAAACCAGACUUCCUCAGUUUAGCUAGUAGUACGCCUCCUCUUCUGUUUUCAUGGUUUGCCUUCCUUAUUUCUGAAAGACUCAGUGAAGCUAUAGUCACAGUAAUAAUAGGUUUGGGGAUAGCAUUACACAUUGAACUUUUUCUCUUGCCACAUUAUCCCAACUGGUUCAAAGUCCUUAAGAUAGUAGUCACUUUAGUGGCUUUGCUUUCAUUUGUAAUCACUUUACUAGUUAAAGAUAUUUAUCCAGAGAAAGGACUCAAGAAGCCUGGUCAAGUAGAAUAAAUAUAAAAACUACUUUGUAGAUAAUGUUAGCAUGUUGGCUACAAGCCUCGUAAAGUUGUGUUUUGGCAUCACCUUUUUCUUCUUCUCCUGUUUAGCUCUUGUUCCCCAUCAGUGGUUAUUUAUUCACAGAUUUUUUUUUUUCGUUUCUAGAAAUCUUUAUUUCCUAGGAAUUACUUGGUAACAGUUUGAAAAUCCCUAACAAGUCAUUUUCACUUUAGGUUACAUUUUUCAGUGUGUAUGAAUUAUACAUAACAUUUUAAUGUUUUACUUGUUUUGAAAAACGUAAAAUGAAAAAAUAUAUAUAUAAAAUGAUAAAAAUGAAAAUCCUUUUUGCUGGAGCCUUAUGAUCAUUGAAAAAAGACACGCAUAUUCUCCCAUAAGAGGAAAACUCUGUAUCCAUGAGUGUUUGAAAAUAAUAGGUGGUUCCGUUGUGGGGUUGUCAUUGCAAUUGACCCUGAGAAUUGCAUUUCCAAGCUCAUUUUAUCUGGUAUAAUCUAGUUAUAUGAGCUGAAAGGAUCUGUGGCUCUAAAAGUCAGUAGGGAGCAGUAUCAUAAGGGGAAAGCCAUAUUCAAAGAAAAGCUGGACACAUUUUCCAGUUUGUAUCCAAUUUUUAUAGACACAACCCCAUCUUCAAAUAUCAUCAGCUGGUCAAAAAAAUUUUUAAAUAAAGUCACAAGUAUGUAUAAAUUAGGAAAAGUAAAGCUGGAGCCAUCUUGAUGUUCUAUCAAGCAGGGUGAUCUAGUUUUACACAACUCAGAAGCUUUUUU